CAUUUUUUUCUAUUUAUUUAAAAAAUUUUAAUUUGUUUUAAAAAUAAAAUUGUAAAAACGGUAUAAUUUUUUUUUUAAAUUUCAAUAAUAAAAUAAUUGUAUAUCCCUAAUAAUGCCAGAAAAAGAAUUUUCGCAUGAAUAUAAAAUAAAUAUUAAAGGAAAAACCCGGAAAAUACUCUGAGCUCGACUCAAGAAAUUACGUGUUUGGGGUAUUUGGACUUUUUGCUCAAUUGUGUGUGCAAAAAGCUGCAAUGUUUACAAAUAGUAAAUAAUAAUUGUUUUUUUUAAAUAUGCUUUAGCUGUUCCUGGGGGAAGAAGCAGCAGCAAUAGCAAUUAUUGCCGCCGUCAACAUGAUCCUUGAGGACGACGCCGACGAUGAGGAAGAAGAUGAAGAAGUUUUGCAAUUAUUAGCUGCUGUAGAAAGGGAUAGACGCGCAGUGCCCAAAACUCAAAAUUAUUUUGAGGAAAUUAUUCCCAGAUUUUCUUCAUCAGAAUUUCAAUCACAUUUUCGUAUGAGUCGAGCCACGUUCGAACAACUGACCAGGAUCCUUGCACCAGACUUACAGGGUUUGCAUUCGGUAGUUCCUGUUGCGAAAAAGUUGUCAGUCGCUCUUUGGUAUUUCGGAAAUCAAGACGUUUAUCGAUCUAUAUCGGACAGGUUUGACCUUUCCAAGUUCAGAAAACUUUAUUCAUUGGCCUACUGGACUCGAAUUCACCAGAUUGCAGCAUGAAUUUCAGCAAAUGGCUGGAUUUCCAGGUGUCAUUGCACAGUGGGGCCAAA